AGCGCACUCCCCAGCCCUCGGAAGCUUUUAGUGCUGCAGCAGAAGCCACUUACCGACCGAACCAGCAAAUCACCAUGAGCGACGCGGCCAUCUCAUUCGCCAAGGACUUCCUGGCCGGCGGUGUGGCCGCUGCCAUCUCCAAGACUGCUGUAGCCCCCAUUGAAAGGGUCAAGCUUCUCCUGCAAGUCCAGCAUGCAAGCAAACAGAUUACCGUUGACAAGCAGUACAAGGGCAUUAUGGACUGUGUUGUCCGUAUUCCCAAAGAACAAGGUUUCGUGUCUUUCUGGCGUGGUAACCUUGCCAACGUGAUCCGAUAUUUCCCAACUCAGGCCCUCAACUUCGCCUUCAAGGACAAGUACAAGCAGAUUUUCUUGGACAAUGUUGAUAAGAGGACCCAGUUCUGGCGCUACUUUGCCGGUAACCUGGCAUCUGGUGGUGCUGCUGGUGCCACUUCCCUCUGCUUUGUCUACCCUCUUGACUUUGCCAGAACACGGCUGGCUGCUGAUGUGGGCAAGGCUGGUGCUGAUCGUGAGUUCAAGGGCCUUGGUGACUGCUUAGUCAAGAUCUCCAAAUCCGAUGGUAUUAAAGGCCUUUACCAAGGUUUCAAUGUAUCUGUUCAGGGCAUUAUCAUCUACAGAGCAGCUUAUUUUGGAAUAUAUGAUACAGCCAAAGGAAUGCUUCCAGACCCCAAGAACACACACAUCAUUAUUAGCUGGAUGAUUGCUCAGACAGUAACAGCAGUGGCAGGUUUUGCAUCCUAUCCAUUUGACACAGUCCGUAGAAGAAUGAUGAUGCAGUCUGGCAGAAAAGGAGCCGAUAUCAUGUACUCUGGAACAAUUGACUGCUGGAAAAAGAUUGCAAGAGAUGAAGGUACCAAGGCUUUCUUCAAGGGUGCCUGGUCUAAUGUCCUCAGAGGAAUGGGUGGUGCUUUUGUGCUAGUCUUGUACGAUGAAAUGAAGAAAUACAUCUAAACCUGACCUUGUCCAGAUACCUGACAUGGCAUGCUGUAUUAUGUAACAUACCCUGAACGUUCAUGGACUUUUCUUUUUGUCAAACACAUUUAUUUAUAAAGUGCAACCGGUUAUAUUUUACUAGUUGUUGUUUGGGAUCAAUCCUACAGGCCACCAGCUUUCCACAUUAACACAAAUCAUUCCCUUCCCCUGUUAUUGUAUGCCUUGCACUAUAGUGUAGGCUGUCAGCAGUGAUGGGGAUACAACAAUGGGACUCAACGCUCCUUUAUAUUUUAUUUCAGCCAUUCAUGUUUUUAAGUAACUUGGAUUUGAGGAAAUAAAAAAAUAAAUAAAAAUGCG